CGGUUGAUUAUAAAUGAGUUCUAGACCUAGCUCCUUCAGGUAAAGGAUCCUGAGAACUGAAGGCAAACAGAGCUCCAGGAGUCCAAGACAGAGCCACAGACCAGGAGGAUCCCUGGCCCAGGUCUUGGACUUCAUUCCAUUUUCUGAUGAGUAAUAACUCAAUGUUGAAAAUGUCCUUUGUGGGGGAGAACUCAGGAGUGAAAAUGGGCUCUGAAGACUGGGAAAAGGAUGAACCCCAGUGCUACUCAGAAAAAGAUGAACCCCAGUGUUACUCAGAAAAAGAUGAACCCCAGUGCUACUCAGAAGACCCGGCUGGAAGCCCCCUGGAACCAGGCCCAAGCCUCACCUCCAUGAAUUUUGUUCACACAAGUCCAAAGGUGAAGAACUUAAACCCGAAGAAAUUCAGCAUUCACGACCAGGAUCACAAAGUACUGGUCCUGGACUCUGGGAAUCUCAUAGCAGUUCCAGAUAAAAACUACAUACGCCCAGGUGACUCUCAGUUUUGGCUGUGUUUUCUGUCCCCACCCAGCAGGGAGAUCUUCUUUGCGUUAGCCUCAUCCUUGAGCUCAGCCUCUGCGGAGAAAGGAAGUCCAAUUCUCUUGGGGGUCUCUAAAGGGGAGUUUUGUCUCUCCUGUGACAAAGAUAAAGGACAAAGUCAUCCAUCCCUUCAGUUGAAGAAGAAGAAACUGAUGAAGCUGGCUGCCCUAAAGGAAUCAGCACGCCGGCCCUUCAUCUUUUAUAGGGCUCAGGUUGGCUCCCGGAACAUGCUGGAGUCGGCAGCUCACCCCGGAUGGUUCAUCUGCACCUCCUGCAAUUGUAAUGAACCUGUUGGAGUGACAGAUAAAUUUGAGAACAGGAAACACAUUGAAUUUUCAUUUCAACCAGUUUGCAAAGCUGAAAUGAGCCCCAGUGAGGUCAGCGAUUAGGAAACUGCCCCAUCAAAUGCCUUCCUUGCUAAUUUGAACUAAUUACAUAAAAACACAAA